CUUCCCCCCUAUCUCACACUCACCAUCCUCUGUCUCUGUCACCCCUCCUAUAUAUCGUUUCCGUUCCAACAAAGACCCAAUCAACAGUCUCCCAGUCAAUGUCGCCGGCAACUAUGUACAUAUCCUCUCUGUUCAUACAAAGACAAUAAAAAACGUGUUCUUCAAUAGUGUCUCUUUGAAACAAAGAUCCAAUCAAUACUUAAUAAAGGGGGAUUCAAAGACGAUUUUUGGUUUGUUUUUGAAGCAAUUUAAAGCCCAAUCAACUUCCAUCAACCAAUUUGAGUAUUCAUUACAGGUCAAGUUAUAAUGUUCUCUUUCAAAUUGACAAAGAAAAAGGUCCGUCUUAAAGACCGUAUCUAAUGCAGAAAGUUCACCCAGGGUUGUGCAAGUAAGAAAGUAGAACAGGCAAGAACCCUCAAUCCCUAAUUUUUUUUUUUCACGAUUUUAAUCCCUAAUUUUUUUUUUUUUUUCACUAUUUUAAUCCCUAAAUUGAGAGCUCUUAUUCUCACCAAUCUAUUGGCCAUCAAAUAGUUCUAAUCAGUAUUUGUUAUACUGGUAUCUUAAUAAUGCCAAAUUGUUGCUUUGAGCCGAACAAGCACAAUUAAAGCAUGCUAUCUUAUAUUAUUAUUAUCAUUUAUUUAUUAUUUUUGUUAUUUUUUUUUUCACCGUAAAGUAAUUUAUCUUUAAUCAUUAGAAAUGAGUUUAUUGUUCUUUUGAGUAACAAAUUUACUUUUUACUUUUUCAGUAUGAAUGCAUGGCAUUGGCCAAUUUCAUUUGCUACCUAAAAUGUUAAUUAUAAUUAUCAUUAAAUGUUACACCAUAAUAAUCUGAUUUCUUUCUGCUAAGAUUUCCUGUUUACCCCCGAACUAGAAGCAUGAUGGACAAAAAUCUCUUUUGGUGGGUAUAUUUAGAACAUGGUUAGAGUUCUGAAAUUGAAGCAAACAACGGUUCUCGAGUUAAAAUUCAGGCUACUGCAGGACCAGUUCUGGGUCCUCCUUGGCGGCGCCCUGAAAAUGGGUAUCUUGUUGUUUCUCCGCAAGGCCAGUUGACACUUUAUUAUGAACCACAUUGUGUUUAUAACAAGAACUUUCUGGAGAAGGAACGAGCCGACAUUGUAAUUACGCCUGUUAUAAAACAGCUUCUGCCAAGUUUUACAUUGGUUUCUGGACAAGAAGAUGCAGUUCAACUUGCAAACAUGCUCCAUGCCAGGUUUAUUGUGCCCAUGAAAAAUGGAGAGCUUGAUAGUAAAGGGCUUCUUGCAAGUUUAAUUCAGUCUGAAGGAACAAUUGAAUCAUUCAAGGUUUGAUUUCUGUUAUCAGGAAAAAUAGUUCAGGUUAGAUUUCUUUUAAUUGAAGUAUAGGAGUACUAUGUGAACAUCAAUGCAGUAUAAAUAUCAUAUUUCCUUUAAUCUAUCUAAAGCGUACAAUGUGAUGAGGUAUGUUGAGCCACCUUAUUAUAAAAUAAAUAAAUAAAUAAUUCUUACACAGUAUGAAGGAAUUCAUAUAAUAAGUUUUGGUGAACUUUAGAAUGUGUCAUUACAAAAGUAUUGCAUUUUUCUUGUGUUUAAGACAUUAUGGUAGUGAAUGCUUUCUAGAAUCUCUUCCCUAUAUUUCUUCAUCUUCCAUAACAAAUAAAAAGAAGUUAAAACUUUAAAUUUAAUAUUUUGCACAUGCGGGACUUCUUUUUUAAGGAUAGCCUUGGUAUAAGCCCAUCAAUUACAAUUUAUGACUUGAAUACGGAAAUUACAAUGGGAAUGUAUAGUAUAACAUGACAGUUUAUAGAUAAGCUUGAUGCAAAAGAAAUAAUUAGGAAGAAAAAAUAAUAAUUUCUAGGCUGAAACUUUGCCCUCUAGCUCUUGGGUGGGAAAGAAAAUUUCUAAAGCUGAAAUAGUGUCGGUGACAGAAUCAGAUGCCAUGUUAGAAAAUGGUAAACAAAAUCUUAUUCCUUCUGAUGCAGUCCAUAAGAAGCUUAAGAAAAAACAAAUUCUAAAAGGAAGUAAGUAUGGAAAGUUGCUCUAUCUAGUGGACAAGGUUUUGAAUGUUCCACUUCCUAGAUUCAGUGUAAGGAAAAAUAUUGUUGGCUGGUAACUAGUAAUGCGCCAAUCUCAUUAUUAAUUUACUACUUAGAAAUAACAAGAAUAUACAUAAGUUCACCCUUCUCGAAUUGGUACUAACUACUAAACUAGUCCCUAUAGAAGAAGAUAACUUAAUCGGCUUUUAUUAAGGAAUCAGUUGUCUGCAAAGAGCUAAGUAACGGGGUUUGACCAUUCUAAGAAUGUGACACUUGUGGGUAAAAAAAAAAAAAAAAAAAAAAAAAACCACUAGAUUUUUCUUUGAAGUCCCAAGCUGUUCAAGUUCUUUCAUUGAAUAAUUCUUGUCCAUGCCCAGAUCAAAUUCUAUAAUAAUUGGCUAGUAAUUGUUUAAGUCAUUAGGAAGAGUGAAGAUCAUUGUGCAGGGGUUAAGUGUUGCUGUUGGUUUGAAAGGUUAAUGCCCUAUACUAAUGGGUUUGGAUUCGGUGCAUGUGUGUGUACAUGAGCUUAGUGUGAGUGUGCUUGUCUUCUUAUUAUUAUUUUCUUUCCUUUUGUUUAUUUUCGUUUUAGUCUGUUAUAAAAAAAAAAAAAAAAAAAGAACCACGAAAUUUUUCUUUGAAGUCCCAAGCUGUUCAAGUUCUUUCAUUGAAUAAUUCUCGUCCAUGCCCAAAUCAAAUUCUAUAAUAAUUGGCUAGUGAUUGUUUAGGUCAUUAGGAAGAGUGAAGAUCAUUGUGCAGGGGUUAAGUGUUGUUGUUGGUUGGAAAGGUGAAUGCCUUAUACUAAUGGGUUUGGAUUCGGUGCAUGUAACGACCCUCACCCUGGCCAGACACAAUAUUGUCCGCUUUUGGCUCACCCAGACCAGAGACUUCCCAGGGGGUCACAUAUCCUGGUACUACUCCAAGUUAAGCACGCUUAACUACAGAGUUCUGAUGGGUUCACGGUCAUCACGGCUUUAAAACGCGUUGUGUCAUAGAAGGGUGUUGAAUCUACAUAUAGCACUUGCCCUAUCCACACCCAGACGAUAUGGGAUUGUGCACCUGCAGCUUGCCUAGUGUGGUAGCCUACUGGUGUCCCCUGCACACGCUCACACACACCCGCUCACAAGGUCGCCACAGUGCAUGUGUGUGUACAUGAGCUUAGUGUCUGUUGAUGAUAGUUCAUGAGUAGGAUGAGGAGAUCGUUCCACGUAAGCUAAGAGAUUUGAGAUCAGUAUCCAAGUGGAGAUCCAAGCAACACAAGGGAUUAUCUAAGUAUGAAGAUUAAAAAAGGGAAGGCCGACCUCGGUACCGCGCAACCUCGAGCUUAUCAGGGGAUAAGUGUUAAUAUGGUGGUUGUGUGUUUUUAAGGCUGAUUAACACCCCUAUUUAUAGUGUUUUCCUCCUCGGUCAAUAUCUUUUGGUCCUUCAGCUGAGCCCGCUCUUGUCCACAGGCUUAAUGGUCUUUUCCUCUGAUGGAUGAGACACAGAUGGAUGGGUAGCGGCGCUUUGCCCCCCGGUCAAAGGAGGUAACGGCGCUUCCUGAUUAAUGCGGGUCUUAUCAAAUGUCUUUCGCAAUUAAUGCAUUGCUUAUCCUUUAUCGCUCGAGCUUAGAUACCGAGUAUCUUUUCCCCCUUGUGCUGGUCCUGGAUUGAGGCAACCCCUUAGAUCUCAGCCACCUAUCCACAUGUCCUCAGAUUCCUGUGCUUCAGUGGGGUUAAGUCCCUUUUCGAGGUCCUGCCUUCAUGACCUUGCAGGUUCCCAUCCCGGUUCUACCCCGAGGUCUUCUUCGCCAAGAAGUUCCGCGUGUACACAGGUUAGUCGAGGUUGCUCUUUCAGAGAGCACCCUCAAGCGAGCCAGGGGGGAGGAGCCUAUCCGACUGGAGCGAGACGCGUCCACAGUAGAGGAAGGGUAGCGACCCCUCCCUUGAGCAGUGAGUUCCGUCAUUGGAUAGGUACUUCGAGAAUACCUAAUCCACCGCGGGCACGCCAGGUCAGCACUGGCCAGUUGUGCCUAUGUUGCCGAGGUGGCGCCACUUAGUCAGCUAUCGUGGCGCGGUCAUCAACAUUUUGCCCCCCUGCUCGAGGUCGCCAAGGGGAAGCUCGAGCAAAUUAUAAAUUUGGUUCAGGUUUACCGUCAUUAUUGUUGGUACUAAAGAGUCGCAUCUUUUCAGUCUCGAGGAGUCAUAUUACCUUGAGGAGUCAUAUCACUUUGGCUUCCUAGGCCACGUGUCGCUUUUUUACCGGUGCGUCGAGUUGCGACGCUUCGAAUGCCGAGCCUCUGUCUUUUCGUUUGUCAGAGGCGCGACGUUUGGGGUGUCGAUCCCUACUAUUUAAGCCUACACUUGUUUUUUCCUUAUGAAAUCAUGCAAAUCAAGUCCGACUUCUUAGAAAUCUCACCCUCCCCCACUUUUACUCGAGGUAGGAUAACAUUGAUGGCUUUACGCGACGAUGUCCCUAACGUCCCUUCCAUGGCUGAGUGGCGAGUUGCUCCUUAUUUUGGCCCGAACGAUACUUUUUGGGCGAACAACGAUGAGCUUAGCGAGGUGGAUGAGACCCCAGCGGGCACAUUCCUUUUUGAGGGCGAGCCUUAUGCACAUGCAGGAAUACCUAUCCUUCCUAGUUCGGUACUGCGAUUCAGAGUUGAACGCGGUGACUUUCCCCAUUCUAGUCUCGCUUUUACCGGUCAGACCGGUCACGGCAGAGGCUGGGAUCUAUGGACGGAUGCCAUGUUAUCUGAUGCCGAGUUUCUUGAGACUUUGAAGGCUUCAAGGAUUGCAGACGCGGUCCGCAACACCCGCGAGCUAACCAUUCCCCGAGACGUGCAUGAUCUCGCCCUUCUCGUAUCUCGGUGGAGUCGUGAUACCCACACUUUUGUUACCUCAUGGGGCGAGUUUACCCCCACAAUAGAGGAUGUAGUACAACUCAUGUGUUUGAAUGUGUUUGGUGAGCACAACCCUGGCUCCUGGGUGCUUUCUGAAGACGAGGUCAAACUCGUUACCAAGCUUCGUAGUGGUGUCACCGCGGCCGGGAAGAUCGCUUCGCGCUAUCAAGAUGACGGCCUUCGCGAGGAGUUUCCCGAGACCGGAAAGAAAUGCACUUUCGUGUCGCUCCUCCGUUACUAUUUUCGGGACUUUCCUCUUCAGGACCAAGAAGGAGAGGCUUCCUUCAAUGGUCCUAAAUGCAAAGACUCAGCUUGCCUCGCCGCUUUUCUUUUAUCUUGGCUGUCGAGGUUCAUUUUUCCAGGUCCUCCUGAUGAUGGACCGUGUCCGGAUCUCAUUCCUUUGGCUGUUUGGCUAUCUUGCGGCAACAGCUUUCCUUUAGCCGCGUUAUUUCUCGGCACGCUCUAUCAUGAGCUCGACUUGGCGCAUGCCCGGAUGGAACGCUCUGUUGGGCGUAUGAGCGUGGUUUCUCCUGUCAACACAAUCUUCCUUUAA